CUUGAGAGGCAAGUGGAUUUUACACUCAUCAUCAAUUUUUCUCUAAUUCAUCUUAUUGUGGUUUUUAGGGUGGAGCCGCUGCGAAGGUCUCCACCCACUGGAAACUGCAACGAGACGGAGUAAACGAGAUUCAUAAGCGUCUUAUAAGGUACUUCUCUAUCAAAUUUCGUGAAUCGGAAAGGUCAUGGUGUUUGACCUCUACGACGGUUCUGUCGCUCUGGUUCCUCAAGGUUGUUCGGCGGCGCUUCUUGUUAGAAGACGAGGAGGAGGUUGUCGGAAGCCAAUAGAUAGUCAUCGGGGUUAAAUCUUGUCGUUAGAGAAGUUUUGGUUUCGGUGGAUCUUUCUCAACAGAUGGCGGUCUCUUCAGUUUGUUUCUCUCCGGCCCAGACCUCUGCCUCAAACACUUAUGAAAGGAGGAGUAUGCAGCGUCUCAGACUUGAGUGGUGGCGGAUCUCGCAGGGACAGUAGCGCUAAGCUCUGCGGCGAUUACGAUGGCGAAACAGUAGGGUUCAUGUCCGAUUGGCGUUGGAAUCCAGGGAUCGAAGGAAUUAAUGAUAGGAAGGAAACGGAGGAUCUAUGGGAUUGGGAAAAGGGGAAAAUUAAGAUUCGAAGGGGCGAUGAGGAAAGAGGAUCUCGGGGUGAUUCGCGAGAAGAUCUCCCCGGUUCAAGAUUGAGAAAUCGGAUAUUAGGGAAAUAUCAAAGAUCUGGAGAUGAUAUGGAUAGAUUCGUCUGCAUUAUUACAGAGUCUCAACAAAUCAAAGCUCUUGGAGCAUUGCUUUAUUCGCAAGCGGGCUCCGGUUAGGGCAGGACAGCGUCCAGGAGACAAUAAGCAUCAGCAGGAGACUAGGGUUGCUUCAAACCUGCUGGCUGUGCAUCAAAAGCCUUAGAUUUAUGGAUCAAGCGAGUUCUCUUGAGAAGUUUACAAAACAGGAGUUGGAUCCUGGUUUUGGGUUUUGCAUUAUGUUUCUAAUAAGCUCUAUGAGCAAGUGUUUUUUCUUUGAGUUGUUUGGUCUUUUUGUGUUUGAGUUGGUAGUCGUGGUUCACAUAUUUUUAUGUGACUAUUCAUGUGUUCAAGUUAUGAAUGGGAAGGAGUCUGGUUA